GCCGUAUUUAUAUUUGAUAAGGACCCAUCAGUUAACACUGUCCACCUUAUCUGUAAGGUUAAAGUUAGCCGAGAUAAGAAUUUCUAUACCUGUAGUAAUUGUGUUUACUGAGUAUUUUUCGUGAAUUCACUUAAAAUGACAGAUUACUCAAAAAUAACUUACUUUUGUAUUUUUGUCUAUUUAUCUGUUUGCUGCUACAAAGAUUUAUGCGUGCAAACUUCAGGAGAGAAGCAAAUCCCGAUUACUAAAGUUGGUUUAAAUACAAAUAUCGGACCGACCCUUAAAUUUUUAUAUUGUUAUUCCUGUGGAUAUAGAAAAGCAUUUGAAGAUUAUUCCAACAUUAUCCGACACAAAUAUCCUGAAAUAAGCAUUACAGGGGGUAACUAUGAACCUUCAGCAUUUCAUUUGCUUAUUGCCAGAAGUUUGGGAUUUCUUAAAAUGGCCAUAAUUGUUUCCAUUUUGUUUGGAAUUAAUUUAUUCACCUAUCUUGGCACUGAACAACCUAAUUGGUGGUCUUGGUGUACUUCUAAUAAAAUAUAUUCCUGCUUACUUAUUUUUUUCGUGUGUAAUGCAAUUGAAGGUCAUUUCAUUUCAACAGGAGCAUUUGAAAUUUCAAUUAAUGAUAUUCCUGUCUGGUCAAAGCUGGAGACUGGAAGGAUACCUCAGCCUCCCGAACUGUUUCAGAUAAUAGAGAAUCAUAUGAGGCUAGACGAUUCGAUUGAUCUAAAGCAGAAUGGUUUUCCAAAAUAACAACCUAUAAGCUACUUCCUCAACGGAUGAUAUUAAAUGUGAAAUGUAUAAAUCCAUUCCAGUUGUCUCACAGAUAUUUAAAAAAAUAUAUACGACACCCAGAUGCUAAAUUCCCAGGUGUUUGAUGUUAAAUAUAUAAAUAUGCUUUUGGUACAAAGUGAAUCCAUAUGUAGGGAGUAUGACAUCAAAGCUGGAACACUUAUUUAGUGAUCAUUCCAAUUGUCGAUCUUAAGAUGGCUACAGUUUUUAGAGGUGUUCUGUUUUUGUGUUUUGUUUUUUUUAUUCAUUCCAGUGAACAGUUCAUGAUGGUUGUAAUGUUAGCUUUAAUUAAAAAUAGUCAACUGUGUCGUAGUACUUCUUAGAAAAGUGUUUGAUUUUGCCCCUGAUUUUACAAAGUGGUUUUAUUUAUACACUACAUUAUAACAUUCUGUUUUAAUGUUAGUUUUAAUCAUAAAUAAUCAGGUAUGUUUUAUUGAAUAUGCCUUUUUCUGAAGUAUAUUCAAUUUUAUUAUUGGUUAUAAAUAUUUGGUUAUUUCUUUUCUGAAAGAAAUAUCCUGAGACCAUAUAUAUAUAUUUUUCGCUGUUUCCAGAUUUAAUUUUUCCGAGCAUUACACAUUAACUGUUAUAAUGUUCUGAAUUAUCAUUAUUUAAGUCUUUGAUUUAAUGUCUGUAAGAUUAGCCCAUAAUAUAUUGUACAAUUAAAGUAUUAUUUAUAUACAUCAAUGAAACUUUUUAUCCUUUG